AUGUCGCUGAUCGCGGACAUUCAAGUGGUGCCCAGCCCCACUGGCACCGAGGCGGACUGCUUCAAGCACGUCAACGCCGCCAUCGCCGUGAUCACAGCCUCGGGACUCAAGCACUCGGUCGGCGCCCUCGGCACCACAGUCGAGGGACGCGCGGACGCUGUUUGGAGGGUGGCGCGCGAGGCGUUUGACGCGUGCCUGAAGAGCGGCGCUGAGAAGGAGCUCAUGUACCUCAAGCUCUACCGCGGCGACCACACCUCGCCAACCCGAACCCCGACCGCGCGUCUCGCGACCGCACCUCCGCCUCGCGCCCCGCCUCUGGGAUGA